AAAAGCUGCCUUAAGUUCAGAGGACAUAUUUGUUUCAGUGUUCUAUGUCUGGGUUAUAUUUCGUUAACUCACCCUGUAGAGCUUAGUUUGAUUCGAAAGCAGGUUGUUUAAAAAUGACGGAUGACAACAAACCACUUGUGGAACUCUUUCUUAGAGCCGCCCCAUCAGAUCGUAAGGAAAAAGGAGCUUGCUUAAUUAGUCAACAGUGGUUUAUGACUUUGUAUUGUCUUGUUGAGAAAGGUCUUAUAAACUUGCGAGUAACACCAAUGACCAUGGACAUGCCACCAACAAAUUAUGUAAACUUGAAUGCCGCUCGACAUCUCCCUAUUGCAUGGAUUGAAUCAGGAAUUCUGGAUGGUGAAGAUGCCAGUGGGCUUGUGAUUUCUUCAACAGAAUCAUUGGAAACACUGCUGAUUAAGUUGAAUUGUGCUAAUCUUAAUCCUUGCUUAGUCGCCUCGGAUGUCAGAGCAGCUGAGAAAGUUUUUGAAGAUUUGUACACAAGUUUGAUGCAAUAUGUGAAGAAUGACAAUAAGAAACCACUUUGUUCAGUUCUAUCCGGUUUAGAUGAUUAUUUGGCAUCUGCUGCAAAGCCAUAUGCUAUGGGUGAUGAGAUAUCCUAUGUUGACUGUCAGUUGGCACCCAAAUUGCAACAUGUCCGUGUUGCAGGUCAAGCCUAUAAAAAUUUCGAUAUACCUCAUGAUUUAAAACAUGUAUGGGCUUACAUUCAGCAUAUGUAUAAGCUUAAGGCAUUCAUUUGUUCUUGUCCAGCAACUCGGGAUAUAUUGAUGCAUUAUGAUGAGAAAAACCCCCUUCCAAAAGAAAUUCGUCCUAGUCUUAUGGGACCGGACAUCUUGUUAGAUGUUCCACAAGAUUUGCUGUUAUCAGCAGUAAAUGGGGAUCACCACUGAACUUUUUUAAGACCUCAAGUUUUAUUUACAAUUGAGAGAGUCUUUGUGAAAAAGUAAUACUUUCAUGUCUUGUAUUUCUUUUAAAUAUUUUAGUAUACAUUUUUUGCACCAGUUGCUGUUAAUUGGAGGUGCGUCAUUUGUUUUCCUUCAUUAAUAUUUAUUUGGCUGAUUAACAAUUUCCAUACUAUUAUCACGUUUCCAAGUUAUGCAGUUCUUGUACACCUGCUUUGAUAUUCUCAGAUAUAUUAACAUUAGCAAAUUAUUGCUUAUUAGAAUUUAAAGACCGAUGCAUUGCGUUUUGUAUUUACGUUUCUUGCGGUUUCCUUUGAACAUUGAAGGGACAGAUAGAAUGGAUGAGUUACAUUAUGAACCAUGCAACUGGAUUCAAUUCUAUGCAGUAGCGCUAGUCAAGGAAUCAUCCCUCAUGCAAGCAGGCCUAGCAGUUGAGUAUACGCUUCAACUGUUUCUGUUUCUUAGUUCAUUUUUGUUAAUGUGUUACAAUGAGGAGUAAAACAUUGUUGUUGCUUAUCAGUUUUCAUUUUAAGAGUAAAGGUUGUACUCUUUAGGGUGUCAGUUUUAU